GCCUCUAUAAAAACUUUACAGCAAAGAAAGAUCAAUGAAAACAAACAAAAAAAAAAAUCUCAAAGUGGGCCAGCGGGGAUGCAGGAUGGACAGAAGCCAGCAGACGCAAGGACCAGGAGAGUCUCUAAAGUCCCAAACUCUAAUGUGCUUUCUCUGGUUUCCGGUCUUUUCUUCCAGGCCCACAUAGCUGAGUUACAACUGAAUUUCACAGGUCCUCGGAAGGACCCCACACUGCAGUGGGUGGCCGGCCCAGCCCUGGGAAGAUCCUUCAUUCAGGGACCAGGCUUGGAGAAGGGACAACUUCUCAUCCAUCGUGAUGGCAUCUACAGGCUGCAUAUCCAGGUGACGCUGGCCAACUGCUCUUCCGAAUGCAGCACCACGCUGCACAGGGCCACCCUGACUGUGGGCAUCUGCUCCCCCUCGGGGCACAGUAUCAGCUUGCUGCGUCGGAGCUUCGGACAGGACUGCACCAUGGCACUGCAGCGCCUAACUCGCCUGGCCCACGGGGACGUCCUCUGUGCCAACCUCACCCUGCCUCUGCUGCCGUCCCGCAAUGCUGACGAGACGUUCUUUGGCAUUCAGUGGGUGUACCCUUGACCACAAC